UGUCAAGUUCUUAUAUAUACAAACCUCAGUUUCCAUUAGGCGCUACUCAUCCAUUUUCUAAAAUUCAUAUCAUCAUCUCUUCUCUUUAGUACCAGAGAGAGAAUCACUGCAUCCUCGUAGCUAGCUAUGGACAAAUUUGAGCUUGUUGAAGGGAAGGUUGAUUGGAAGGGAAGGUCAGCUGUGAAAUAUAAACAUGGAGGAAUGAAAACUGCUGUGCUCAUACUAGGUACCUUGGCUUUUGAGAGCAUGGCAAGUCUUGCCCUGGCUGUGAACAUGGUUACCUACUUCAAUGAGGUCAUGCACUUUGAGCUAGCAGAUGCAGCUAACGAACUCACCAACUACAUGGGAACUGGCUUUAUUCUGUCCAUUCUCAUGGCCAUCCUUGCAGACACCUUCUUUGGCAGAUUCAAAAUUCUUCUUAUUUCCGGGUGCUUCGAGUUUGUGGGACUAGCACUAAUGACUGUGCAAGCUCACUACCCUAAACUCAGGCCACCAGUCUGCAAUGUCUUUGAUCCAACUGCUAAAUGUGAGAAAGUUGAAGGUGGAAAUGCUGCCCUUCUUUUUAUUGCUCUCUACACGAUGGCGGCCGCCGCUGCCGGGCUGAAGGCCACGUUGCCAUCACACGGUGCCGAUCAAUUUGACGAAUCGGACCCGAGAGAGACAGGGCAGAUGUCUAGCUUCUUCAACUUUCUGUUGCUAUCUGUGUGCUUGGGUGGUGUAGUCAGUUUAACCCUAAUUGUGUGGGUUCAAGACAAUAAAGGAUGGGAUUGGGGAUUUGGGCUCUGUACCUUCGCCAUGUUCUUGGGCGUGGUUAUCUUUCUUGCAGGAUUGCCGGUGUAUCGGAUACAAGUUCUCAGAGGAACUAGUGCCAUAGUUGAAAUUAUACAGGUGUAUGUUGCAGCCAUCCGUAACAGAAAUCUUAGCCUUCCAGAAGACGCCACAGAAUUGUAUGAGAUUAGCAAAGACAAGGAAGAUUCUCUUGAACAAGAAUUCCUACCUCACAGACCCAUUUUCAGGUUUUUGGACAAAGCAUCCAUCCAAAGAGGGGAAGUUGAUGAACAGCAGCCUCCAAACCCAUGGAAACUUUGCAGAGUCACACAAGUGGAAAAUGCAAAAAUCCUCCUAGGCUUGGUCCCAAUAUUUUGCUGCACAAUUAUAAUGACUCUAUGCCUGGCACAGCUCCAAACCUUCUCAAUCCAACAAGCUCUCACCAUGGACACAAGCAUCACCAAGCAUUUCAAAAUCCCACCAGCCUCACUCCCCAUCAUCCCCCUGGUCUUCCUCAUCAUCAUAAUUCCUGUCUACGACCGUGUCUUCGUCCCCAUUGCAAGUAAGUUCACCGGUAUACCCUCUGGCAUAACGCACUUGCAGCGCAUAGGAGUAGGGUUAGUUCUCUCAUGUGUUUCCAUGGGUGUGGCUGGAAUCAUGGAAGUGAAAAGAAAAGAUGUGGCAAGAGAGCACAACAUGCUGUUGGCAAGGCCGGUCCUGCAGCCAUUGCCAAUCAGCACAUUCUGGUUGUCUUUCCAGUACUUCAUUUUUGGAAUAGCCGACAUGUUCACUUACGUGGGGCUUCUUGAGUUUUUCUACUCGGAGGCUCCCAAAGGGUUGAAAUCAAUUUCAACUUGCUUUUUGUGGAGCUCCAUGGCACUAGGGUAUUUCUUCAGCACCAUUUUGGUUAAGAUUGUGAACAAUGCAACAAAAGGUAACACAAAAAGUGGAGGCUGGUUGGCUGGGAACAACAUUAACUUGAACCAUUUGAAUCUUUUCUAUUGGUUGCUUUCAUUGAUGAGCUUGAUCAACUUCUUCAUCUAUGUGUUUGUUACAAAGAGGUACAAGUAUAGGCCCGGGAGCCCCAUGCUAGUUUCAAAGAAGAACAAGGAAAUUGAGGUUAACGAGUUCUGAGAGGAUUCAAAAAAAGAAGGAAAAAAAAAGAAAAAAAAAGAAUAGCAGCUAUUAUAUACAUGUGGUUUAUUGUAACGUGUGAAAAUUGGAUAAUACAUCUUCAAUAAGAAAUGCUAAGGAGACUCUCAAGA